UGUGGUACCGAGGUCCACAGUCGUAAUCUCAGCCAGGAGUUGUGUUCUCUAUUAGUCGCUUCGCAGUUGUUGAUACGUUCGGUUCCGAGUUAGCCAAAUCGCUCAUCAUCAUUGUUGUGACGGAAACGCGUGCGCUUGUAAAUUCAAAUUGCGGUGCUUCGAGGAACGAGAACGUGAUCGCGUCGCGCCCAGCGACUGUUGACGAUAAAGUUCAGACAGUGGAACGAAAACAAAAAUGUUUUUGUUGGUAGCAGUGCUUCUGGUGGUUAUUGGCCUUACCGUUUUGGGAUAUCUUAAGUUCGCCAACCAGCUGUACUACGGUGCGAAAAUCGGCGGACCGAAGGGUUACCCAUUGGUCGGAAAUGCAUUCACAUUCAUCAACAAAUCCCCGCCCGAUUUUUUCCUCACCAUCGAGCGGACGGUACGCGAGGCGGGGAAAUGCUUCCGCCUCUGGCUGGGGCCCGAUCUGCUGAUCAUUGUAACGGAUGCUAAGGUCGCCGAGGGCGUCCUAAGCAGUCCCAAGUUCAUUGAAAAAUCUGACGAAUACAACUUCAUCCGUCCGUGGCUCGGCGAUGGAUUGCUCACGAGCAGCUACCGAAAAUGGCACUUCCAUCGAAAGAUUAUCACACCAACGUUCCAUUUCAAGAUUUUGGAGCAGUUUGUGGAAAUCUUCGACAGCCAGAGCAACAUCCUGAUCGAAAAGUUGACGCCGUUCAUGAAAAGUGGAGAAACAUUCGAUGUAUUUCCACUGAUAACGCUUUGUGCCUUGGAUGUGAUCUGUGAGUCUGCUAUGGGAACAAAGGUGAAUGCACAGAUCCACUCUGACUCAGAGUAUGUACAAGCUGUCAAAGAAAUAACGCAAAUUAUACACAUCCGAACGUACGACGUUCUCGCACGAUACGAUUUUCUGUUCAACCUGUCGUCCUACAAAAAGCAGCAAGAUAAAACUUUGAAAAUCUUGCACGGCUACACCGAUAGCGUGAUCCGUUCCAGAAGACUAGAAUUGACCAGCGCCAAUGGAAAGACCGCAAGCGUCGAUGGUAAUUCGGAGCUGGGAAUACGUCGAAAGAUCGCCUUCCUGGAUAUGUUGCUGCAGGCUACGGUCGAUGGUCGGCCACUGACCGAUCUGGAAAUCCGUGAAGAAGUGGAUACAUUCAUGUUCGAAGGACACGAUACGACAACGUCGGCCAUAAGCUUCCUACUGUACAGGUUGGCCAAGCAUCCGGAAAUUCAACAGAAGGUUUACGAUGAAGUUAAGAGUGUGAUAGGAGAGGGUACGAACGGACCGGUUACCCUGUCGAUGUUGAAUGAGAUGAAUUAUUUAGAAUUGGUGAUCAAGGAAACUCUUCGACUGUAUCCUUCAGUACCCUUCUUCGGAAGAAAGAUUCUGGAAAAUAGUGAAAUUGAGGGAAAAAUCUACCCGGCUGGAACCAACCUGAUCGUGAUGCCGAUUUUCAUGGGCCGUGAUCCGGAAUACUUCGAGAAUCCGCUGGAGUUCCGACCGGAGAGAUUCGAAACGGAAAUUUCCGCGGAAAAGGUGAACCCUUAUCGGUAUAUUCCGUUCAGUGCAGGCCCGAGAAACUGCAUCGGCCAGAAGUUUGCGAUGGCCGAGCUGAAGAGCGUUGCCAGCAAAGUAUUGCGACACUUUGAAGUGUUGCCACCGGUCGGUGGACAAGAGGAAUCGUUCAUCGGAGAAAUGAUCCUGCGGCCUACUUACGGGAUUUCGUUGAAGUUGAAAAAGAGGAUUUGAGAUUAUUUGUUAAUCCCAGGAAAAGUAUACAAAAUGUGAUGUAAUAUAACUUUUUUUUUAUUUUGAAGGGUAUGGAAAUUGUAUAUAUUUCUUAAUAGUAAGCAAAGUAUUAAACAUGAAAUAUCUUCUUUUCGCAACAUUGUUAUGUCUUUCUUGUAUUAUUCGUAAACUAGAUGAAUCCAAAUAAAGCGUAUAUUAAAAAAA